UCACUCUCUGGUUCUAAUCCUCUGCGCAUGCUGAGUGCAGAGACCGGACACCGCUGCUCUCGAGUCCUUAGUAGCUUGUACAAUGCUUUGUACGGGUCUUUCAAGGCUUUCUUCUUUAAGUUUAAUCACACGCAGUGCAGCAACAUUCAUCAAUAAGAGUUGCUUAUUCUGUGGGAGGCCAUAUAGUCAGGUAACUGAUCUGGAUUCCCAUCGUCAUCAUCAUGCAGAAGAUAAAAGAGAUAUACCCAGUGAGCGAUCUUUGCCAAUCAUCACAUCCAGAAAACUAGAGUACCCAGUACCUUAUGUUGAAACCAAACAGGCAUGGCUGGAAUCACUGAGCACUCUUGAGGACCAGAAACUUGGCAUGAUAGAUCUUCACCCGCAUGUUUUUGGAAUGUACCCAAGGAUUGACAUAAUAACGCAAAAUGUCCAUUGGCAGAUGAAGUAUAGGACAAUUGACUACACAAAGUCAUUGUCCCGUGCAGAGAAAAGAGGGGGUGGAAGAAAACCUUGGCCACAGAAAGGACUUGGGAAGGCUCGACAUGGAAGCAUAAGAUCACCUAUUUGGAAAGGAGGUGGUGCUGCUAUGGGACCGAGAGGACCAAAGAGUUUUUUUUACCUGCUUCCACUGCAUAUCAGAACUCUUGGUCUGCAGUCAGCUCUGUCUGUUAAGUAUGCCCAGGAUGACCUUCAUAUUGUGGACAGCUUAGAAAUUCCCUCAAAAAAUCCAGAGUUUCUGCAGGAACUUGCAGAUGUACGAUUCUGGGGAGACUCUGUGCUUUUUGUAGAUGAUAAUGACACUAUUCCCAGAAAUAUGGCAGUAGCCCUGAGUCAGAUACCCUACUUCAACGCCAUGCCAGUUUAUGGUUUAAAUGUUUACAGCAUGCUGAAACAUGAGACAUUAGUUCUCACAUUGGCUGCUGUGGAACGCAUUGAAGAGAGACUGUUGUUUCACAUGCACAGAUCACAAAAAGAGGAGAAGUACUUCGCAGGAUAUAUGUCAGUUGAUGCUUUUGAUGCUGAGACUGCCAUGAGGAACUCUACUGCUUCCAAUAAAAUCUUUUGAGAAAUCUGUGUUCUUGAUUGGAGGGAGGCAGGAUGCUUUUCAGCUGCUGCUUUCUCCAUUCAUAAUCUCAGCCAUGAAACUUCAUGUAAACAUAAAUUUAACAGGAAGAAGCAUUUGAAACACAUUUGACUUGUGUGCACUAAGAAUGGAGUAAAAUAAAUAUCUCUUUAAAGUGCAAA